GUUCAGAAAUGCCAAACUGAUCAUUGUCUUUACCUCAAAGCUUGUCAGUCACGCUCUGACAAUUUAGGCGGGGACCAACCAACCACUUCUUUUUCCCUCUAAAAUUCCCAUUUUGGUCCAUAACGUGACCACGUGAAGACAACUUUGAAUCACACGUGUUGCCCUUCCCCGCCAACACGUGCUACCGAAAGGAUCUCCCCACCUGAUUCGUGCUCUGCCUCGCGCCACUUGUGGCUUCCGGAUCAGAUAUUUUUGUUCUCGCGGAAAAGAUAUUUCCAGCCCGACACUAUGACGUAACUCCUCGAUUCGAUAACCCAGCAUCUUCUGCAAUAACAGACCGACACGCGUCCGAUUAACAAAUGAUCACCAAGGUAGCUGAUUUUUCCACUCUGAGAUACACACGUGGAGAGUAGCGGUGCUCGCUUAUAUAUAAGCGUGGAAAUAGUUCGUCGCUCACAAAAACCGGAAGGUUUCCGAUAUGAGUGCCAGACAACGAGUCAGGGCGAGUCAGGGCUCCGACUCCGCCGAGUUCGGGAUUCACAACGAGCGCGUGCUGUUCCUCGUGUUCGAGUCCAUGAAAUGGGACAUCCACGCGCUCUGCUCCACCGCUUCCGUCAACCGAAAGCUACGCGCCGUCGUCAACCGCCUCCUAUGGCGGGAGGUCUGCCUCUACCGCGCGCCGCGGAUGAUAGCCACCUUGACGACCGGCGCGAUCAACUCCCGGAUCGGCGGCGGGUGGCACACGCUGGCGAAGCUCAUGUUCUUCUGCUGCGGCUGCGAGCCGACCCGGCAUUUCCGGACGAGUGAACCCACCCGCGGCCACCGGGUGAAGGCGUCGCGGUUCUCGAAGACCUCCGGGCAGAGCUUCCUCUCCAGGAACUGCCGCGGGGACCUGCUCUACGUCAGCGACAUGUGCGAGCACCAGACCGGGGACAAGGAGGAGGACCACCUGGGGAUAUUCCGGGGGGUGUUUCGGGGAUUUCACAGGUCGAGGACGAGGGCCUGCUUGGUGGAGCGGCGGGUGAAGCUGGAGGAGAGAGUCAUGUGCACUUACUGUGGGGCGCCCGUGUGGAGCAUGACCGCGGCUCAGCUCGUUCCCAAGAGCGCGGCGCGGCGGCUCGGCUCGCACGACGGGGCGCUGGAGUAUUUUGUGUGUGUUAAUGGGCACUUGUACGGCAGCUGCUGGCUGGUGCCGUUGUCGUCGGACGAGGAUGAUGACUCGGAUGGGGAGGAGGAGUGUUAUGAGGAUGGUCGCCGGAGGAUUAGCUCCCACGAUCGGACGACGACGAGUGGAAGCCUGGGCUCGACGGGAGAGGUGGUUGUGGAGGAUUAGUCAUUGUGUUUUGUUUUGGUCGCGUGAGUGGAUAUGAGCGUUAGUUUUGGGUCAAUUAUGUGAAAAAUUAUUAUAUAUACCCGACCCGUAUUCAAGUGACGUACCUUUAAUAUUGUUGGUAUAUUUUUUGUUGCGAUUAUUUUGGAUUUGUU